CUUUCCAGUGACUUCCCAGUGUGCUCCUCUCCUGCUGCCUCCUGGGCCAUGGCCUGGCCACCGCAGCUGUCUGUCACUUUACUAUGACUGGAAGCUGAAAGGGGGUGGUUUGGGGGAGGAAUCUGUGUCCUGACUGGUCAGGGCUCCACUGUAGUUUUCUGCUCUGAGAUGCACACUGGAGACGGUCCAAGUAUGUGCUGGAGAUGGAGCUCUGGCUAAUUAAUGCUGUUUCGUCGUGUGAUUAGUCAGUGGUCUGCAGUACACAUUGAGGGCGUGUGUCGGAUACUCAGGAAGUCUUUUGAGUGCGGCCAGGGAGAUGUUUCUGAUGCCCUGUCGUGCAUUAAACAGACUGACCUCCAGCCUGGAGGAUUACCCAAACUUUGCAAUAAAAAAAGAGUGCAUGCACAGGAGGGAAGGGAAUGUUUACAGCACAAUGGCCAGAGACGGCAGCUUUAUAACGCCAAGUCUUCUGUUGCCAUGCUUUAAAAUGAGGGAUUUUAGAACUCAGGGAAAGGUCAGUUGAGGGCUAAUGCCAGUUCUCAAUGAAAGCUGGAUUGGCUGUUACAAAUUUAGCGUCGUAAAGGCAAAUAGUGACUCACUGGCUGAUUCAAGCACGUGUCCUCUGGAAGCAUGCCCCCCCCCCGCGCCCCGUCUGCCCUGUGAUCCCCGAAUCGCGGUACCUCCGCUCUGUGCACCCUCCCGCGAGUCUCCGCGGAGCAGCCUAGCACAAAUGCGGCAGCCCCGGCUGCUCUGCGAGCCCCAACAGCCCGGCAGUGGCGGACUGCGCCCAUGCCGGCCCAGGACCAUGGGCGACCGCGUUGUUGCCACCCGGCUCUCGCUCUUGGCGAAACAGCUCCGAUUUAGAAAAUAGUAUUAAAGAAACUUUGGAUUAAAAGAUGAAACCUUCCAGCUGGACACUAGUGAAUGCCUGCAGGCGUUUUGGGGUGCCCACCCCCAGCCUUCCCAUCCCCACCUCCCCGCCUCUGCGCCCACCGGUCCGUGCUCCUCGGCGGCGCGCACCCAGGCCCCACCGGGCCCUCCUCCCUCCACGGCCGGCCUCCCCCAGGCCAGGGGGCGGCGCUGCGGCGGCGCGGGGAGGGCCGCGGGGGCGGGGACGCCGGGCGGGGGAGGUGCGGCCCCGAGCGCGGGGAGCCGAGCAGCGGGCACCAGGGCCGGCAUGGCGUGGCCCUGCAUCAGCCGCUUAUGCUGCCUGGCGCGGCGCUGGAACCAGCUGGACCGCUCCGACGUGGCAGUGCCGCUCACCCUGCACAGCUACUCGGACCUCGAGAGCGAGGAGCCCGGUGCAGGCGGCGCCGCUUCCCGCAGGGGCCCAUCUCCUGCAGGCACCCGGGACCCCGGCCGGGACGUGCCGCUCACUCAGUACCAGCGGGACUUCGGCGUGUGGACGGCCCCCGCGGGGCCCAGGGAUGCUCCGCAGGGGCGUGGGUCGGGUGUGGGCGGCCGCAGGAACAAGCACCCCACGGCCCCUGGCCGGGGUGUCUACGUGCUCCCCAUCGGCGACGCGGACUCGGCUGUGGUGACCACGUCGUACAGACAGGAGUUCCAGGCCUGGACCGGAGUGAAGCCGCCAAGAUCCACAAAGGCAAGACCUGCCACAGUUAUCACAACCCACAGCUCUGGAUGGGACAGCAGCCCCGGGGGUGGCUUCCAGGCCCCUGAGGGGAAGAAGAAGUUCACCCCUAACCCAUCAGCCAUCUUUCAGGCUUCAGCUCCCCGGAUCCUCAAUGUGUGACUGGCCACACUGGCACCAAGAUGGGGCUGUCCUCGGCCACUCAGGGACUGGGUGAGAUCCUGGGAUGGCCCCUCUGCUGUGUGAGGGGAAGGCCCCUAUUUCUUACUGUGCGCACCACUCCUCCCUGGCUGCCACUGGGCUGUGGGCCUGGCACGGAUGGACACGGUAGCACCCAGCUCAGCUUUGGGCCUCAAUCAUCCUCUUUUUCCUUGAGAAGUGUACAGAAAGCUUCAGAUCUUUUAAUUGCCUCUUUUGGCCUCCCUUCAGUUUUUAAAUCUGAAGAACUUAAGGAUCAAUUCUGUUGUAAACAGAAUUGGUCUGUGCGGGCUGAGGAACACAAACAUAACAGGUGCUUGAAAGAACCAGUCCACUUAGUUGUUUUCCCAGGCUGCAUGAGAACUUUGUGACCUAUGUUAACCCAAGGGGACUGUCCUUGGAGAUGCCUACAAAUGGCCACACAUUCAGGUUGAAGAGAUCUUGGGUUAUUACCUGCAUAUGACUCACCGUGAUGCUGAGUAACUAGAAUGUCAUUUCCCAAAGGAACAGAGUAUCAAUCACAGGGUUUCAAUUUCACAGACGUAAUUUAGGGCCCAGAUGACCCUUAUGUUUUAACAAAAGGCUUCUUCUGAGGAGUGCUUGAAGUGCUGAAUGAAUGUCCUUGACCUUGUAGGUUUCUGAGCCCCACAUUUUAUUACUAAUUCCAGUUUUUUCCCUUACAGUUGACGACUAGAAGGGAACACCAUACAUACUGGCAAAGAACUGGGAGCAUUUUUUGGGACGAAGUGGGAUUAGCCUCAUUCUCUGAAAGACUUUAACAUGUUAUCUACACCUAGAUGACUCCCACCCUGCUCUCUCACUUACAGUUGGGGGAGCUCACUGUGAGGAGGCAGCUGUCGGCUUUGGAAAGCUGCCUCCUUUGCCGGUAAGUCCCAGCCCAUGUGGCCACGCCAAGCGAGCCUGGCCCAGUUUGCACAGCCGGCGGUCAAACAUUCGAAGGCAUUUCUGUCCGCUCUUGGAGAUUAGAGGCACAGGCUAAGGACAGUUCUUGGUAAGGAAACUCCAGGAUUUCCCUGUGGGUCUUCCUCCCUCUCCAGCCCCCACGCAGCCACGGACCUCCCGUUUCCCAGCCCCUCGGAUGACUUGGAGCGGGGCUGGUCCCUCAGAGGGAGGGCUGGCUCUGGCUGGCACAGCCUUGCUCUUAGUGCAGGAAAGGAAAUGCUCUGAAUCAUUUUAAAGGCAGAACCAAAACCAUAUGCUUACACAAAGGGUUCUAUUAUUUCCGACUUCAUUGGUUUGCAUGUUAGACGUUUCUAAGAGAAAAGAGACUGCCUGCUGCUGUGCAUUCUGUGGGAAAUGAACAGAUUAACCGUACAAUCUCAGAUUUUACUAAAAUGCAAAAAUGUACUGUUACAAUUUCUUGUUAGCUUAUUUCUUUAAUUAUAAACCUGGAGCGCCUUCUCAUACGUCUUUAUCAUCCUCUUGGACUUCGGCGUAUCGUGGCUAUUACUGGUUGUCCCUUGAAGGCUGACAAAUCCCAAGGUCUCUCCGUUUGGACUGCCAUCCACAGUGGUGUCUUACGCGGUAUUCACAGGACACACCAACCUCCCCUCUUUCAUGUGCACUAUCCUCCGCACUCCCGAGGCUAGGGUGAAAAGACCCUCUUUGAAGCUAGUCUUGGGCUAACUCCUGACUUCUCUACUCACUGUGAGCAGCUUCCAUUUCCUUAUCUGCAGAGUAAGGAGAACACCCCUACCUUGCUAGUAGGAGUUUCUGUUUACGGGCAGCGUGCUUAUUAGUACAGUGAAUGGCCAGCAAAGCACAAACAUGACAAUUGUCCUUUCCUGCCCGGGCCCCCCCCUUCUCAGGGAGCUGGCUCUGUUCUCCCUUGCAGGUUUGGCCCAUCUGAAGCCACUGACACAGUCCUUCUCCCUAGACCCUGCUUGUGUCCCCCUUCUCUCCCUGAGAGCCUGCAGACCAGACCGAAAGGCUGUACCUCAGCUGGAUCCCACAGGCCUGCCUUUCCUGGCAGCCUUGGCACCACAGCAGCGGGAGCAGCCCUGCCUCACGUGGCCUGCCUCUGAAGGCAGACUGCAUGCCCAGGAACCUUUUUGGAAUGCACCAGAACAGACAGCUUUUCACCAAACCCCUAACUCGAUAAUCCUCUUUACUAGGCUUCAUUAUUAGAAGACUCGGGUUCUGAAGAAGGAACUUCCACCCACUCUAGGUCUUAGUAAGGCCUAACAUCCCAUUAAGCUUUCCAAAGCAACUGAGACAGUAGUCUCGGGCGUGUGGUACUGAUCACAUACAUCAUACACAUAUAUACAACAGAGGAAAAUGCAGCGAAUACUAAUGGUGAUUAUCUUUGGGAAGGGGAAUUCUGGGUAACUAAAUUUUUUACACCUUACUAUAUUUGCUAAAGUUUCUAUAUAAUAAGCAUUUUGUAUUAAUUCUGUAAAGAGUAAUGUUUUUAAAAAUAAAAAGUUCAAUCUGUCAGCUAAUUUCAGCCAGAAGCAAGCAUUCAGUAUCAGUGAUUCCAUAACCAGUGUUAGCACUGCCAGCAGCUGCCAGAACUUGCCCUGAGGAUGCACCGUGACACCCAAGCGGAGUGGUGCCCCUGAAGUCCUCCCCCACAGCCGCUGAGACCAAGGUCCCGCCUUGUGCUCCAUGGUGCUUCAAAACUCAGAAAAACCCAGUACAAAUGAGAAUACUUUCAUACCUGUGCUAACACCAGGAUUUUCAGCCAAACUAAAAAGGAGCUUUUGAAAAACCUUGACCCUACAGCCUACCUGGGCAGACAGGGGAAUGUCCCCUUUAGUGGGGUCAGGUCUGCCAGCGCUGUUCACACAGGCUUCUGUCAGUAAGAGCGAGUCCCCAGCUGAGGAACUGCCUAGGACAUGAAUCUCUGUCCUGGGGCUCCAGUCAAAACCGUGGCUGUUGAUUCAGGAAAGGAGCCUAAGCAACACCCCUAUUCUCCCUCCCUCUGGACAUUUCGAUUCCCUAAAGGCUGAGGCGAAGUCUGGUCCCAGGAAAGCUACGGAUCUGGAAUCCCAAUCCCUCUGCCCUGCAGAACUUCCUGCCUUUGAAGAACCAAAGCUUUCAAAGCCCUUCGUCUUGUUAAGGGUGGAUGUAAAAAGUGGUCAUUUCUGAAAUGUUUCUGCAUUUUUGGUUUUUUAUUUUUUUUUAGCCGUUCUGCUAGCAGAUGGUCACAGCAGGGCUGUGUCCCUGGAGUAACUUCUUCCAGACCUCAGCAGAGACCAGUUCCAGCUUUCCAGACAGAGCAGUGUGCUUCUUCCUUAGACAACAGGAACGGUUUCCCUCCUUGCCUUGGCUUUGAGGAGGCGCCGAGGUCCAUUAGGUAGUUUUCCUUUGCCCCAAGCUGUCAGAAAUCCUUAUUUCUGGGUCCGUGUGCACCUUCUAAAUUUUUUCCCCAGACUUUUAUGUAACUGUAAUCCUUUAUCUUGCACAGCUGCAAAUUCUUGGGAAGAAGUGGCAGGAUUAAUGUAAACACAAAUACCUGUACCUCUGCCUGCUCCCGGCUCCUUCGGACCUUGUGGAAGAACCACCCACCAAAGUGUAGUGCUUCGAACUCAGAAAAACCCAACACAAAUACUAAAAGGUUUAUUGUAGAUUUUGUUACACGAUUAUGUUACAUGUUAUGAUACAAAUACAUCUGAAACAUUAACACAUAUGGGAACUAUUAAAUGAUUUAAUAUUUCUUUUGCAAAAAGAUAAUUACUUUAGGCUUUCAUACCUGUAAUAAAUCGAUCUGUUCUCAUUGGGAUCAAAUCCUCCAUCCUGUAAAACUGUCACAGUCCGCUGCUGAAUAAAUUUAUGCACCUGUC